UGUUUGUUUCAGACCUGGAUCAUCAGUUGAAAUGAACAUAGUAACAGUUUAUGACAUUCAGAAUAAGUUUAUAGCCUAUUCAGCUCCUAUGCCUGGUGUUGUGGAUGUUUUCUCAGAAUGGGGAACACUAUAUAUACUUGCUCAUGAUGGGAAGCUAUACAAUCUUCAGGAAAAAGACACUCAGAGCAAGUUAGAUAUGCUAUUUAAAAAGAACCAGUAUGUUUUAGCUAUCAGCCUGGCAAAGAGUCAACAGUAUGAUGAAGAUGGACUGAUUGACAUUUUUCGUCAAUAUGGAGACCAUCUUUACUGUAAAGGUGACCAUGAUGGAGCAAUUACUCAAUAUAUCAAAACUAUCGGUAAACUGGAAGCCUCUUACGUUAUACGUAAAUUUCUAGAUGCCCAAAGGAUCCAUAAUCUUACAGCAUACUUACAGGCAUUGCAUAAAAAAGGGCUUGCUACUGAAGAUCACACAACCCUUCUACUCAAUUGUUAUACCAAACUGAAAGAUAACAACAAACUCGAUGAGUUUAUAAUGACCAAAGACAGAGAAGUAGAUUUCGAUGUGGAAAUUGCAAUGAAAGUUUGUCGACAAGCAGGCUACUACACUCAUGCCCUCUACCUAGCUCAGAAACAUGAACAGCAUGACUGGUACCUGAAAAUUCAGCUUGAAGACCACAAAGACUACAAUAAAGCUCUAGAUUACAUUGCAAAAUUAGACUUUUAUCAAGCUGAAGAAAACAUGAAGAGAUAUGGAAAAAUUUUAAUGAGCCAAGUCCCUGAACCUACAACAGAACUACUAAAGAAAUUGUGCACUGAUUAUAAACCUAGCAAUGCUGAAGGGACUUUCUGUAGCUCAACUUUCCUGGUUGAUCAGAAUUCUCUAUAUGGCUCUGGAGUAGUAGAUAAUGAAAUAAAUAAGUCCUCACCGGAGGAAUUUAUUCAUAUCUUUGUCAACAAUUCCAAGAAACUGAUGGAAUUCCUGGAGAUGAAGGUUGAACCUCGUAGCUCCUCUGCCUUAGUGUACAAUACUCUGUUAGAGCUCUACCUCCAUAAUUACAAUCAUGAGACUGAUGAAAGUAAUAAAAAAGAAUGUGAACAGAAGAUAAUGGAUAUGCUUAGUAAUCCAGAGGCAAGAUACCAUGUUGAUCAGGCUCUGGUCUUGUGUCAAAUGAACAGUUUUAAACCUGGAAUUUUACAUCUUUAUGAAAAGGAAAAGCUGUAUCAGCAGAUUUUGGCGUAUCACAUUGAGCAUAAAGACUAUGAAAAUGUCAUCAAAACAUGUGAAAGGUUUGGAAACUAUGAUCCCAUGUUGUGGGUUCAGGCUUUGUGGUUCUUCUCACAGACAACUGAAGACAAGUUUCUGAUGUCUGUAUUAUCUCAGAUUGAGAAAAAGAAGCUUUUACCACCAAUUAUGGUUGUGAAUAUAAUGUCAAGAAGUCACACCGCUACAUUAGCUGCUAUAAAGGAUUACUUGAUCAGAUACCUUCAACAAGAGAAUGACCGUAUCUCUGAGAAUGAAAGAUUAAUCAGACAAUAUCGAGAAGAAACUCAGAAGCUAAGGAAUCAGAUGGAAGAAAUGAGAACUAAUGCCCGGAUAUUCCAAGUUUCCAAGUGUAGUGGCUGCUCGCACCAGUUGGAGCUUCCUUCUGUGCACUUCCUGUGUGGCCACUCCUACCAUCAACAGUAA